AUGUCUGUGGGGAAGGGAAGAGAACUGUUCGAUAUACAGUUUGGUGGCUUUUGCAUACUACACAAACUGCAGAAGGAGAACUUCAGAUGUGUGUACUGUGAUGAGGACACUGGGAAAGAUCGGGGUGUCCUGGAGGUGGGGGUCCUACUGGGGAAAGAUGAUCUAUGCUGGGGGUGGAAUCUCGCUGGGGAAAGAUCAAUGUUUAUCGGCCCAGAAGAAUUUAGCAAUCGGUCCAAUUUGCCAGAAUCUCUCAAUACCGGGUCGCUACCUGGGGAAAUUCCACAAGAACAAGUUACUCCUGCAACAGUGGAGACCCCCGUCCUGUACAGACUGAUCGCUCUGCAGAAAGCUGACGGCUCCUGGGAAGCCACCUCGGAGUUUGCCACCAUUCUGGGAAUACCUGAAAACUUCACAGAAAGCGGCUCUGUUCCGAACGUGGAGGCGUCAGUGUGGGCGACGGUCCUGGCAGUGAUCUGGCUUCAUUCUUCCUGUCUGGAUCAGAGAGAGGAGUGGGAGCUGCUGGAAGGAAAGUCCGUCUCUUGGGUCAAGGCCAGGGCAGGUAAGAUGACCACAGUGGAAACAGAGCAUGUGGCUGAAGACUAG